GUUUGAUAGGUUACUAAACUGUAAUUUUGAAAGUUUUUACACAGUGAAUUUAGUUGACACUAGACAUUUAUUUGGCCUAUUUUGGAUCUUAUGUUUUGGUAAUAUGGAGUCUAACUAUGAUGAGGAUUUAAAUGACAAUAUUUUUUUCCAAGUUCUUCAAGAAAGCCACCUGGAGCUGUUUGAGAAAGCCACUGUAGAUGGUUGGGUUAUUUGUGUCCCCAGAGCUGGAUCUCUACCUAGGUAUGCCUUAAACCAUGAAGAUUUUUUCAAUCAUAUUUUAAUACCGAGUGAUGAGCUGCCAGAAACACAUUUCAGAACUUUAAAUGAUAAAGAUGUAAGAAUCUGUAAUAGGGUUGUAACUGUUGAACCAGGUAGUAAUUCAAGUCCUUUUAGCACUCAUGUUUUGUUUGAAGAAACAUUUUAUACUGAAGACAUGCUUAAAUAUAAGGUGCUCUGUAUUGAUAGUCCAUUAGAACAGUUUCCGAAUAAACUUAAUUGUGAAACAGGCAUUGUCUCAAUCGAAACUCUGCGAGAUUGUAUUGAUUUAAUUUGGACUGAAAGUGGCAGUAAAGACAUUUUAGAAAAAAUGGACGAAACAAUUGCAUUGUUUUUGUCUAGAAAUCACCGUCUUGAAUUCAAACCUUUGCAAAUACAGAAAGAAAUAACCAGCAACUUGUACGUCCAUUGUCUUCAAAUGACAAUGCAAGAUAGUAGGAUCAGAGAAAAGGCAAACAUGAAUCGUCAUUUUUUGGAAAAUAUCAAACUGAGUGUUGAAUCUUAUGUACAUCAUGGGAUUUACAAGAAACUAAUCAAAGGAAUAACAGCUUGUACUGCCUUUGAAGACAGCAUGUUCAACAAAACUGUGAGAAACCUUGCAGACAUCCAGCUAAGGGAUCUUGACAUUCGCAGCGAUCUAGCUGAUACUGUGCCCAAAGCGCGAAGUGAAUUAGCUCGAGUUGAUGGCUACAGUACUGUGCUAGGCAAAGUCGGAUGUCUCAAAAGAACACUAGCUGCUAUUUCACGUCAAGACUUGUCAAACUCCAAGCAAGGCAAUGUUGUAGCCGCAGAUGAUUUACUUCCAAUGUUUAUUUUUCUGGUCAUUAAAUCAGGCCUUCCAAAUUGGAUCGCUCAUCUUACAUAUAUGAGACAAUUUAAUUUUUCAGCAUCGAACGAAGUUCAUGUAGAUCAAGACAGCUUCUUGGUGACUUCUUUGGAAGCUGCCAUAGAACAUGUUAAGUCAGGGAUUUUAACAGGACCUUCUUCUCCAGAAUCACAGCUGACUUUUGAUGAAGAGAGCGAAACAGAGUCUGUAUCAGGAAUUUUUGAAACUCAUCGAAGUACCGGCAGCAGCUCUGACAGCACAAAUGAGUCGUUGUGUAAACUAUUUGAUGCAGCUCGCCUGGGAAGUGAAGAAGAUGUUGAACGGAUUUUGAAAGAAUUUGCGGCUCAAGCAGGCCACAUCGACCUCAAACGUCUUUGUCAUCCUUUAUGUUCAUGUGAAAAAUGUAAGACCGAGACAUUUAUGAAAAACCUUAAGCUGUGUCAUCCUCUCUGCUCUUGUGAUAAGUGUGAGAGCCAAGUUUCACAAAUAAUGAAAAACACCUCUCCGACCAUUCACUCUUGCGAUGACCGUGGAUAUACUGCACUUCAUAUAGCAUGUAUGUAUGGCAAACCCAAAGUAGUUGAUAUCCUUCUGUCUCACGGUGCAAACGUUCAUGCUACUGACUACUCUGGAGCUACCCCUUUGCAUUAUGCUUCAUCUCGAGGACAUCAAAAUGCACUGUUACUCAUUAUUCACAGUGGUGCCGACAUUAACUGUUUUGAUAAUGAUGGUAAUACUCCUCUACAUUUUGCUGCAAGUAACGGUCAUGAAGGGUGUGUCAAGGCAAUUGUUUAUUUUGCUGAACACAGUGGGACUGAGUUACACAUCAAUAAAAGAAACAAUCAUGGAGAUACUGCGUUGCACAAUGCCUCCAGAUGGGGUUAUGAAAUGAUUGUCAAGCUAAUUCUAAAUGCUGGAGCAGACCCGACCAUAGAAAACAAGCGUAAAUUAACUCCAAUCGACUAUGCCCACAACCUUCAUAUUGCCAGGCUUCUAAACACGAGACCGACAACAAGUAGAGUGAGGUUAAUUGUUCCUCAGUUUAAAAGAGAGAAGCUGGAUAUGACAGUGGCUGCAGCUUCGAAAGCAAGACUAGACUUUACUGACGACCUUCAAAGAGGAAAGAGCCCAACAUGUGGUGAAUAUCCUCGGACAACUGAAGAAAUCAAGAAGAUUGAACGGGUACUUCGAUGCAUUAUCCAGGGCGACAUACGAUUGGCAUGCUUUUACCUAGGUCUUGAGGGUCAUUCUGUGUCACCAAGAAAGAAAUGUCAUCCCUUGUGUGAUUGCAAACAUUCCUCCGGUCUAGACGAUAUUGGUGGUGUCACUCCGCACGAUGUGAUACUUGUCAACACUUGCAACGUUGAAGGUCUAACUCCACUCCACGUGGCGGCCAUGCAUGGACGAACGGACCUUGUUGAAAAACUCAUCGAUGCUGGUGCCGUACUUGAUGUUCAAUCGAAGAAAAGUAUGACUCCAAUACAUCUUGCAUGUCUACACCAGAGAAUGGAUGUCGUCAAAGUACUUCUUGACUCUCACUGUGACCUAAACUGUCAGGACCAGAAUGGAAAUACACCUCUUCACUAUGCCUGUCAAACAAACAAUACACGUCUUGUAAAACUGUUGAUGGAAAAUUGUCCAAACUUGGAACUGCGCAACACUAAAGGCAAGACUGCGUUGGAUGAGGCUGAAGAUAAGAUGUCUUUUUCGAUUGCAAGAAUGCUCUCCACCAAUAAGGAUUCCGGCUGUGAUAGUUCUUGAUAUUGAAAUUUCUAUCAUCUUUGGACCGAUGUUCUCUGGGAAGACCACAGAACUUAUCCGCAGACUCAAGAGAUACAGAUUUG